AUGGCCUUGACUAUUCUCCGCCAAGCAACAACCCUCGACGUCUACGGCUCCCUCCUAUUCCGCUGGAAAUCCCAAAGCAUGAAGUCCAAAUUAGGGCGACGAUUCCUUCUGGCAUCGAUAGAUCGUGCCGUCGAGAUUAAGGGGGAAGAGGAGGGCAAAGCAACUUUCUAUGACAAGCUCAAGAGGAUCAAUGAAGCUUUGUCCCCAAAAAAAGGCGGUUUCAAUGCUUGCAAAUUCAUCUUUGUAUUGGCUGCAUUUGAGAACAUGGGUUUCGUGGCCAACAUGGUGAGCUUUGUCGUCUACUUCAUGUCAAUAAUGUUCUUCAAAUACCACACAGCCGCCAACACUCUGACCAACUUCAUGGGAACUACUUUCUUGCUCUCCCUCCUUGGUGGCUUCAUCUCAGACACUUACUUAAGCAGAUUCACCACUUGUCUGAUUUUUGGAUCACUUGAAAUAGUUGCUCUAGUGCUAAUGACCAUCCAAGCAGCCACACACAGUUUACAGCCAGAGUUUUGUGUCAAGUCUAGUUGUAUCCAAGGUGGUGUGAAAGUCAUGUUCUACUUCUCCUUGUACCUCUUGGCGUUGGGUUCCGGCGGUGUUAGGGGAGCACUUCCAGCGCUUGGGGCCGACCAGUUUGAUCGAAAAGAUCCGAAGGAAGCUAAGGCUCUUGCCACCUUCUUCAAUUGGUUCUUACUUAGUGUCACACUUGGGGCUUCUGUGGGAGUCACGGCCAUUGUGUAUUAUAGCACUACCGUGUCUUGGUAUAAGGGAUUUAUUGUCUCAACUAUAGCUGCCUUUUUAGGUUUUGUUGUUCUUGCUCUGGGCAAGCCAUACUAUCGUCUCCAAACUCCGGAGAGUCCUAUCUUAAAGAUCAUUCAGGUUAUCUAUGUGGCAAGUAAGAACCGGGGCUUGUCACUGCCGGAGGAUCCUAGAGAACUGUAUGAGAUCAGCGACAAAGAUCCAGUAGCAGCAGAAGAUAAAAUUGCACACACGAAUGAAUUCAGGCUUCUAGACAAAGCUGCCAUACUUCCUCAAAACACAGAGCCACUUCCAUGGAAGGUGUGCACAGUCACGCAAGUUGAAGAAGUGAAGGUCCUAACAAGAAUGUUGCCAAUCUUGGCCAGCACAAUCCUAAUGAACACUUGCAUGGCCCAACUCCAAACUUUCUCCGUCCAACAAGGUGCCACAGUCAUGGACCGCAAAUUGGGCUCCAUGGAAAUCCCGGCCCCAUCAGUGCCCAUAAUCCCCUUGCUCUUCAUGUCAGUCCUCAUAGUAAUCUACGAGUACCUCUUUGUCCCUUUCGCCAGAAAAAUUACCAAACACCCCUCGGGCAUAACCCAACUCCAAAGGGUCGGUGUUGGGCUUGUGCUCUCGGCCCUCUCAAUGGCCGUGGCUGGGCUUGUUGAACACAAGAGAUUGAAAUUGGCCCAUGAAAGCCCACCAAAGACCAUAAGCAUAAUGUGGCUGUCGUUUCAAUAUGGCAUCUUUGGGAUUGCUGACAUGUUCACUUUAGUGGGGCUGUUGGAAUUCUUCUACAAAGAAGCCCCAGCUGGGAUGAGGUCGCUUUCGACGUCGUUUACUUGGCUGACGUUGUCGUUUGGUUACUUCUUGAGCACGAUCUUUGUGGACAUCAUAAAUGCCGUGACCAAAAGAGUAACUCCUAGCAAAAAAGGCUGGCUAAGUGGGCAAACCAUAAACGACAGCAAUUUGCAUUUGUUUUAUUGGUUUUUAGCCAUCCUUAGCUGCCUCAAUUUCUUGCUCUACGUUUGGUCUGCCAUGUGUUACAAGUACAAAUCUGAGGAGAGACAGGAGCCAAAUUAUGAUAAGUUGACUAGUGCCGCCGAAACGAGGUCGUUUAGGGAUGACAACACUCAAAACAGUGUAGCGCCUAUGCUCACCGGUGGACCCACUGCGGGCACUUCUGAUUAA